AUUGAAAAAUUUAGAAAAUGAUGCGCUAAGAUCGAGAAUACGUGGUGGGAGCAGCAGAAACAUAGGCUAUGCCCAGAAUGAGUUAACAAAACUCACUUUCCUAAGUUUGGUAUUCUUUCUAUAUUCAUUCAACCUUCUGCUUCUUCUCUUCUCUUCUUUCUCUUCAUGCAUCUUUCUUCUACGCAUCACCCAGAAACCACUUCUUCUUCUUCUUCCUUGAGUUCUUGGAUCUGCACUGUUUCUCUUGAUCCCCUUCUCUUUCACUUCAAGGAGCUUGGAAGCUCCUGCUCCUUUUCUCUCUCUGCUCAUAGGUUACUAGCGGCACCAUUUCUGGCUUAUUGAUCGGCAAUGGGAGGUGCACUGGGAAAGGAUGAUUCACCCAAAAAGGGUUGGAUGCCAGAAACCAAGGUUGAGGCUAAAAUGGUUGAAGCAAUGCAGCGGAGGGAAUCUCAAGGAAGUUCUGUGAAAUCAUUCAACACUAUAAUAUUGAAAUUCCCAAAGAUUGAUGAGAGCCUUAGAAAAUGCAAAGCCAUAUUUGAGCAGUUUGAUGAGGAUUCUAAUGGGGCAAUAGACCCGGAGGAGUUGAAAAAGUGUUUCAGUAAGCUGGAAAUUUCUUUUACCGAGGAGGAGAUAAAUGAUCUUUUUGAAGCAUGUGAUAUUAAUGAUGAUAUGGGGAUGAAAUUCAAUGAGUUUAUUGUACUUCUUUGCCUUGUCUACCUUCUGAAGGAUGACCCUGCAGCUCUUCACGCUAAAUCACGAAUUGGGAUGCCAAAUCUGGAGGCCACAUUUGAGACUUUGGUUGAUACAUUUGUAUUCUUAGACAAAAACAAGGAUGGAUAUGUCAGCAAAAAUGAGAUGGUUCAAGCUAUAAAUGAAACUACAUCAGGGGAGCGUUCUUCUGGAAGAAUAGCCAUGAAAAGAUUUGAAGAAAUGGAUUGGGAUAAAAAUGGAAUGGUGAACUUCAAGGAGUUUCUUUUUGCUUUUACACGCUGGGUUGGAAUUGAUGACAUUGAGGAUGAGGAAAAUGCAGAGGCCUAAAUCAUGUCAUCUAUGUAUCUGACUGCCUCUUCAGCCCAAGCAAAACAGGCUUUUCUGGUUUUCACUUGCAAUAAAGGCCAAGUUGCUACACGUUGUGAAGUUCACUAUGUAAAUAGUAAGUGUAGAACUAAGUGCCAUAUUGAAAAAUAUUCAAAUUUACGUUGUUAAAUGCUACCAUAGUGAUUGUAUUGGUUGCUCCUUUCUCUUUCUUGUUUAGUUCUCAUUUCUGCCAUGUAAUGUGAGGCCGCAAUUCUCUUUCUCUUUCUCGCUUAUUAUAAAUAGCAGGUGCUAGUACAUCAAUUCUAUGAUA